UAUGUCACAGAGAAUAAUAAUAGCAGCGGAUCCUUGGCAUUUUCUUCUGAACAGUCUGCAGAUACUACUUUGUGGGACUCUAGUUCCAUAGACGUGAUUUUUGAGUGAUGGAUUCAACAAGCAACGAGCGAGCUAGGGACCUUUUUAUGGGGUUCUCAAUAUUUACCGAGCCAAUGAAAACCGAAAUCAUCGAGCAUGCACGUUCAGCCAUGGAAGAGUUGUUAAAGAUAGGCACUGCAGGGCAUCUUUUAUGGAAGCCGCAACCAAAGGAUAGAUAUGACAUUUUAAAUCAAAUUGAAUAUAUGAGACAAUUUGGUCAGGUUGAUUCAACGCUAAAUUCACCAACCUUUGCCACAUAUCAAACCGAGCAGCCAGCAUCAAUGGAAACUCCUACAGUAGCCCUACAAACUGAAGCUUCACGAGAUAUGGCAUUUAUUAACAUGUCCCCAAUCAGCAUUGUUGAAUUACUAAUGGAUGUGAAUGAAUGGUCGAGUGCAUUUUACAACAUUGUCUCAAAAGCAACAAUUGUAGGAACUUUGUUAGGAGCCCAAGGAAGCUAUAAUGACAAAUUGCACGUGGUAAGUUCAGUUUGUUAUCCAUUCUUGUAA